CAGUUUCUCUGGUUGAUUUACCUGUGAGUUGGAGCAGUUUCGGUUCUUCGUGAGAGGAUUAAAUAAUACCGACCACUGGUUUGAGUAAACGCGUCCCGGGAGACUAACCUCAUUCCCCGGUAUGUGAGACUAUAGGGAAGCCCGCUGCGGAGCACGAGAGCUGCUCGGGAUUUCUCCGGGAUUUCUCCCAACAUUUCAGAAUCAGUGCAACAGCAGGUGCGCGAGCGGGGACGAAAGGCAGGCGGAGACCAAAGGGGGGUUGUGCUUCCGUGAGUGAGUUCACUAUUGAAACCGAAUAAAUGAUUGGGAAAUUCAACUGGUUGCUUUGUUAAUGCCGAAUAGUCGGGUCCUGCUCAAUUAUGCGGCUGGUGAUCCCCACUGCUGCCGACCUUCAGUUUCAGGAUUCAGCGGCAGCUUGAAGUCUCCGUGCCUGCGGUGAGGGACUCUUCGCCCCGGGGUGGUGGCAGUGGGACAAACGCCACACACAUUGUUUCCCUGUAGUAAGACUCUCCGUGGAUACCGAACACGGUGCUCGCGCUGUGAGUAGAAUUAACAAUUGGAAAGAUGAUGGGCUUCCUACGCCGGACGUUCAGCCACCGCUCGCGCAGACGGUUUCAGACAGCGGACGAACCGGACGGGAAAGGAAGAGGGGGAACUGCGAACCCCACGCUCCUCGCACACCAACAGCAGGUCGUCCACGCGCCCGCCGUGGUGACCGGGGGAGCGGCUGUGCACAUCCCGGCGGCUGGGACCGCCAGGGAUGCAAUCACCUGCCGCGUGCUGCUGCUGGACGGGUCGGACGUUAACGUGGAUAUACCAGUGAGUGUGGGUGUGUGUGGUGUCUCCAUAUUAUUUUCGGACAAUUCUCUCUCAGCAGAAUAUGAACGUGGGUGUUCUUCUAUGGUUGUAUGGCUUAGGUCAUUCAGCACCAUGGAGUUUUCACACCUGUCAUUGUGUGUCCUGUGCGGUGAGAGGUAGGGCUACAGAUGGUGUUGUGGUCAGCCAAUUCAUCACAUUACUUCCCCAUUCUGACUGUUGGGAGGAAGCUGCUUACCUCAGAGAAACCUCCACCUCCCUCCCCUCCCUCCCCUCCCUCCCUCCCUCCCUCCAUCCCCUCCCUCCCUCCCUCCAUCCCCUCCCUCCCUCCCUCCAUCCCCUCCCUCCAUCUCCCUCUCUCUCUCUGCCCAUCUCUCUCUCUCUGCCUCAUUCCCUCCAUCCUCAGUUCUCUAUCUCUGUUUCUCUCUCUCUCCCUCUCUCUCUCUGCCCAUCUCCCUCCCUCUCUCUCUCUGCCCAUCUCUCUCUCUCUGCCUCAUUCCCUCCAUCCUCAGUUCUCUGUUUCUCUCUCUCUCUCUCUCUCUCUCCUCUCCUCCUCUCUCUCUCUCUCUCUCUCUCUCUCCUCCUCUCUCUCUCUCUGUCUCUGUCUCUGUGAGUGAAUGAUUUGAUUUAUCUCGUGGCGCUGUGACAAGAGAGAGUGUGUGGGUCCAGGGGAGAUGGAGAUGAUUAGUAUGUAGGCAUGUGUGCGUCAUGUUGUCUUGAGUGUUUUUUUAUCUUAAAGGAUGUUGUCUUGGGAGAGUUUUUAUCUUAAAGGUCGAGUUUGUGCGUGUCUCAUCGUCAAUGAAGCCCUCUCCUGUCACCUUUUUAACACUUACAGGAAGUCAGACUGCUGAGGGAAUCAAUGGUCAUGAAUACAGAGAUCCUAUGAUCUAAUGUUCCUGUAGAGACGCUAGUAGUUUAUCAUGAUGAUAAUACGUUUGAUUUGUAUUGGGCAAAAGAUUCUCUGGCAAAUACACAAAACAUCAGAACAUGAGCGCAAUUCACUGCGUGUGAGAGGAUGUAAAUUGCUGCGCUCAAUGUCUUGAAGUUAAAUUAGUGUAUGUAAGGACUAUUUCCUUUGUUUCCUCUUAUUAAUUCGAACUAGCUGGAGCAAAUGCUAACGGCUCACAGGACAUCAGCUGACUGAAACCAGAGUCUAUAUAGAGCUCUGACAGGAACAAGCCUGAACAUGACUGCUGAAUCCUCCCUCAGGGAUUCAUCUACAGGUGUAUUGAGUUGAAAUGAAUUCAAUUUGUCUUCAUCCAAAAUCCACCCGCUAGGGCCUGCCCUCUAGGCAUGGCUGUGAGAAGAUGUUUAAGGGUGGGGGUGCUGACUUUUAUUUGUGUGUGGGGGGGGCAGUGCUGCUGAUAAUUUUUAAUUAGUAAAGGCCCAGGGCACUACUUUUUGUGGAAAAUAUGAGGUAUUUUAAAACAUGUUUUUCUUCUUAUUGAUCAGGGGGUGCUGCAGCACCCUCAGGACCCCUACUUAGCAUGGCUAUGCCCCUAGGCGCUUUCAGCUAGCCACUACCCUAAACACUCAUCUAGAUAUGAGUGGAUUUCAUGGGUAUUAGCGCUAUGGUGAUAACUUCACCUUUUCUACCUUCUUAUAGGCUUGGUGGACUUUGUCCCAAUUUACUUGCACCUGCUGUCUAAUCCAGAUCUACACAAGAGCUUUGGAGAUAAUAUCUAGGGGAAAUGUCUGUCUGUCUGUCUAGGGAAAGUGCCUUGGGUAUGGGGUUGAUUUGGGAGUGUGUGUGUCUGUGCUGUGAUUUGACAGGAGCUGAGGAGAGGAACAGGAAGACAAUAGUUUUUUUUUUGUGACCUCCCACUCUGUAACCACACAGAGAUAGGCAUGUUCAGACUUGUUAUCAGGGAACAAAGUACAAGGUUAUCCUCUCUCUUUUAAAAACACACACUGUGAGGGGUGCAGCUUUUUGGUGGUUUAGGGCAUUGCGUCUUGGUGGGUGUUCAGCUCAAGGGCGGGUGUUUCAAAGACAAAGGCCUGAAUUAUGGAUACUCCCCCAGGUUUUAUCCCUCUGAUUCUGCCCCAGAUGCAGUCCCUAGUAAUGACACACACACACUGUCAUUCUGCUCCAUAUCCAGCAUCAAGGUCUAGGCUAUUUAUUCUCCAGCCUCCCUAUUGUGACUAUAGUACACGUGUGUGUUUAACAGAAAAGGUCAAAGGGCCAGGAGCUGUUUGACCAGAUCAGGUAUCAUCUGGACCUGGUGGAGGCUGACUACUUUGGACUGCAGUUCAUGGACCCAGAACAAGUCUCGGUGAGUAUACAUAAAGCCUCUGAACACAAACACACACACCACAACCUGCCAUUGCUGAGGGGUUUCCCUAUGAUGUAAUGACACUAGUUAAAUGAAUCACAGUGUGGUGUUAAAAUGAUUGAUCUGACUCUCCAGCUAUCUGUCAUAUUCUCUCUCUCUCCAUCAUAUUCUCUCUCUCUCUCCAUAUCUCUGUCUGGCUCUGUCUGUCUUUCUCUACAUUUUUAUAUGUGUGUGUGUGUGUAUGCAUGUAUGUAUAUAUGUGUGUGUGUGUGUGUAUACGUGUGUGUAUGUAUGUAUGUGUAUAUAUAUAUAUAUAUAUAUAUAUAUAUACAUAAACAUUUUUGCUAAAAGUAAUACUAUAUUAUUGAUCAAUUGACUAUGACUUUUCAAAUCACCCAGCAGUGCUAACUGCAGAGUUAGCUCCAGGUAAAUGUUGCAAUUCUUCAGCCAUUCCCGGACCUGUGACCAAAAACAUGCUACAUAUGGACAGUACCAAAACAAAUGAUCUAAUGGUUCUGUCUCUUCGCAGCAAAAUCUGCAGAGCUGGGAUGGUUGUAUCCCCCAGAUGUAUAACAUUCUAUUGAUUCUCUACUUCUUUGUGUCUCUCAGCACUGGCUGGAUGUGUCCAAGCCCAUAAAGAAACAGAUCAGAGGUGAGUCCAUUAACUCCCACUAUCUAAUAUUCGUAGUGUGUGUGGUGUAUAGUACAUAAGGUAUAGUUAAUAACAAGUGAAAGCCAGCUACUUUUGCCAGACUGUUGGCAGUGUCCUCUACUUAAUAUGUGUACUGUAUACACUGGGUUUGUGUGCAGUGUUUGUAUGGUGUGUGUGUGUGUGUAGCUAAGUGGGGGGGCAGGUGGCUCAUUACCAGCUGUUGACAUGGUGAUUAGGGAGUGUUGCAGGGUGAUGCCCAUGUUUACCUUGUCUGGAAACGCCCCUCUGAGAGAGAGAAGGUGCACACGUUUUGCAACCAGGGCUGCCUGGUUCUUACCCGAGUUUGCAGAAUUUUUUUUUUUAAUUAAGUGCCUGGUGUCCCCAGAGUUAAAUUAUAUAUAUAUAUAUGUUAGGGGAAAGAAGAUAGACAUGCCAAUCUAUUAUUCUACCACAUAUUGUAAAUAUAUAUUAUAUUUACAAUAUGUGGUAGAAUAAUAGAUUGGAAUGUCUAUCUUCUUUCCCCUAAUUUAAACCCCCUCCCUCCCUCUCUCUCUGUCUGUUUCAGAUGGUCCUCCAUACAGACUGUUCUUCAGGGUGAAGUUUUACUCCUCAGAGCCCAAUAACCUGCAUGAGGAGUUCACCAGGUAACACCACACCUGGCUGCCUACACACACACGCUCUCUCACGCUCAUAUACACACUCUCUAGCACACAUGAAUACACACACACAAUCACACACACACACUUUCUCGUUCACACAAACUCCCCCCCUCCUGGGUGUAGUGUAGAGGUGUAAAGGGGCAGCGUAGCUAAUUACUUUGGUCUAGUGGGGAAGAGACUAAUCAAGGCAAAAUGGACUGAGACCUCUUCAGAGAGAGACAGUCUGUGUGCCUGUCUGUCAGUGUGAAAGAGGGAAAGAUUGAGUGGUUUUAUUCUCUCACUCCUUUUGUCUGUGUUCCAGGUACCUGUUUGUGCUGCAGCUUCGACAAGACAUUCUGUCCGGCAAGUAAGCAGCUCCUAACACCCCCGACACACACACACACACACACACACACACACUAAACCUCACACACAUUCUACACACUCUGUCUCUCUCUCACUGUGUUUCUCUCUCACUCUCUCUGUCUCUCUCCAUCUGGGUCAUGUCUCCUGUGUGUAGCUCUAUAAUAAAGUACAGGAUCAGAACAUCAGAGGGCUGCUAAUUUGAAGAAAAGGACCUCUCCUCCCCAACACACACACACAUAUAUAUAUAUAUAUAUAUAUACACACACAAAAAUACUCUUGGAAGUAAGGCUACAUGUGGUGUGUGUGGUGUGAUCUCUGCUCUUUAACCUUCCUCUCUCCCUGCAGGUUGAAAUGUCCAUAUGAUGUAUCAGUAGAACUGGGGGCCUACUGCUUACAGAGUAGGUGAUGAUUUACACACUACGGUAUCUCUUCAAUCAGUGUUUAGGUUUCUUUUACACCUGAUUUAUAACGUGUGUUUAGGUGAGCUGGGGGACUGUGAUCCUCUAGAGCAUUCUCCUGAGCUGGUGUCAGAGUUCCGCUUCACACCCAAACAGAGUGAGACCAUGGAGGCAGACAUUUUUAACAAGUGGGUGGACCUAAGGUGAGUUAAAACGCCAUCGAACAGGACAUCUUCACUCUGUUCCUCUCUCCCUCUGUUCCUCUCUCCCUCUGUUCCUCUCUCCCUCUGUUCCUCUGUUCCUCUCUCCCUCUGUUCCUCUGUUCCUCUCUCCCUCUGUUCCUCUCUCCCUCUGUUCCUCUCUCCCUCUGUUCCCCUCUCCCUCUGUUCCUCUCUCCCUCUGUUCCUCUCUCCCUCUGUUCCUCUCUCCCUCUGUUCCUCUCUCCCUCUGUUCCUCUCUCCCUCUGUUCCUCUCUCCCUCUGUUCCUCUCUCCCUCUGUUCCUCUCUCCCUCUGUUCCUCUCUCUCUCUGUUCCUCUCUCUCUCUGUUCCUCUCUCUCUCUGUUCCUCUCUCUCUCUGUUCCUCUCUCCCUCUGUUCCUCUCUCCCUCUGUUCCUCUCUCCCUCUGUUCCUCUCUGUCUGUGUGAUGGAUUAAGGGAUUAGUCCCUGGAGCAUCUUGAUUGAAUCCAGGCAGUAUUUAACCCCGCUAGUGUAUGAUCGCUCCAAUCUCAGAUUAGAUUACACACACACAGAUUACACACACAUACGCUGGGGCUCACUGAGCUGACAUGACACCAGUGAAAGCGAGAAACCGAAGAGAAACCCUACUGAGUUUCGCGCUCUCUCUAUUUGCCAGAUAAACCCCUAGGCCCUAAUCUGUUGUGUACAUCUGAACUGGAUCACUGCAAGAAAUAUGGAGGACAUUCCACCUAGAGGGCAUGAUAUGUGUGUGUUAGAGAGAGGCCGAGCACUUGUUUGUGUGUUUCCCCAGGGGUAAGGAUCCAUCACAGGCAGAGACCAGCUUCCUCAACAAGUGUAAAUGGCUGGAGCUGUACGGAGUGGACAUGCACUUUGUCAAGGUUGGUGCGUGUGUGUUGUUUUUGAAGGGAGUUGUGCUGGUGGUCGUAGAGUAGCAUUAUGAGCGUGUAACUGUGUGUGUUGUCCUCAGGGAAGGGACGGAGGAGAGUACGCUCUGGGUCUCACUCCCACUGGCAUCCUGGUGUUUGAGGGCUCCGCCAAGAUAGGCCUGUUUUUCUGGUAAACACACAGUCUUUGACAUAAACACUCCAAAACACACUGAUAUAUUCUUGAAAACAGCUGCAUAGUCUCUGACAAUGUCAACUGUGUGUGUUUUCCAGGCCCAAGAUCACCCGCCUGGACUUCAAGAAGAGUCGACUCACUCUAGUGGUGACGGAGGAUGAUGAUCAGGUGAGCAAUAUACACACACACACACACACACGGUGACAAAUACCCCUGGCCAUGACCCCACUCUCUGAGGGUGUUUUAUAUAUGCAAAAAACAUAUUUCCAUUUCACACCAUCAAUCAUUUACAGGCUACACACUUGUGCAUGAACACCCCCUAUUUGACCUUUUGACUUGACGACAAAGAUGAUUUCAUACAUGGUUUUUGUCGGAGUGGUGGUUGAUUGUGAUUGGCUGUUGUGUGUUUAGGGGCGGGAGCAGGAGCACACCUUUGUGUUCCAGUUGGACAGUUCGAAGACGUGUAAACACCUGUGGAAAUGUGCCGUGGAGAGCCACGCCUUCUUCCGGCUACGUCAGCCCACUGCUGGGAAUGCCUCCCGCAGUGACUUCACACGCCUCGGAUCACGCUUCAGGUUCAGGUGGGUGGGGCUUGCACCAACAGUCAACUCUACAACAGAGUCUGCGUCCAAAGUGGCACCCUAUUCCCUAUAUAGUACACCACUUUUGACCAGAGCUCUAUGGUGCACUAUAUGGUGAAUAGAGUGCCAUUUUGGAUGCACUCAGAACUAGGUAGUGCACUAAAUUAGGACUAAUGCACCAUCCGAGAUGCAAGUUCUGUCUCUAUGGUUACUUGAUGGAAGCUAUGGUUACAGGGAUCUUUCCCUAUGGUUACGGGGAGCUGUCGCCACGCCGUUUGUUUACAAACUGAAAUGACCUUAAGAUGCACACACUAUUACACGCAUAUAUCCCCAUCAUACAGGGACGCAGUAUAUUGAGUCAUGUAAAUGUUCUGUACAUCCUAACAUGCCAAAUACAGACGCCAGCUACAGUUGGUCUUCGUUAAAGAGAAACUUCGAGAUUUUGGCUAUGAAGCCCUUAUCUACUACCCCAGAGUCAGAUGAACUCAUGGAUACCAUUUUUAUGUAUCUGCGUCCAGUAUGAAGGAAGUUAGCGGUAUUUUCGCGAGCCAAUGCUAACUGGCGUUAGCGCAAUGAUUGUAAGUCUAUGAUGUAGCUCAGUUGGUGUAGCUCAGUUGGUAGAGCAUGGCGUUUGCAACGCCAGGGAUGUGGGUUUCGAUUCCCACGGGGGGCAAGUAUGAAAAAUAAAAUAAUGUAUGCACUCACUAACUGUAAGUCGCUCUGGAUAAGAGCGUCUGCUAAAUGACUAAAAUGUAAAUGUAAAUGUAUGAUAUCUACUAGCAUGCUAGCAGUUACCAUAGACUUCCAGUCAUUGCGCUAAUGCUAGUUAGCAAUUACGCUAAUGCUAAUUAGCAGCUUCCUUUAAACUGCAUGCCGAGACAUAAAACUGGUAUCAAUGAGUUCAUCUGACUCACUGUCCAAAUCCUUUAAAGUGUUCUCUCUCUCCUUCUCAGUGGAAAGACUGAGUACCAGGCGACUCACGGAGGGAGGCUGAGGAGGGCCAGUACGUUUGAGAGACGACCCAGCAAGAGAUACCCCUCCCGCACUCACUCACUGGGGAGCAAGGGUUGGUAUAUUCCCCCCAGUACACCCUAUAGGCUAUACCCUACAGCUCCCAGUUACUCCAUACAGUAAAACAUCCAUACAGGCAGUUUCCCAUGUGAAUUCUCCUGUGCUUGAUUCACUGACCUGAUUUAACCUGGCUCUCUCUCUCUCUCCAGCCAAACCACUACACCUCAGGUGGGUCCCUGAGAGCACAGGACAACCAAGCAUGUACAGUACCUUCAGAAAGUAUUCACCCCUUGACCUUUUCCACAUUUUGUUGUUACAAAGUGGGAUUUAAAUGGAUUUAAUUGUCUUUUUUUGUGAACGAUCUACAAAAUACUCUGUCAAAAUGUGAACGCUUAAAAAGAAAUGUAUGUGUGUAUAUACACUAAUAUAUCUUGAUUAGAUAAGUAUUCAACCCCCUGAGUCAAUACAUGAUAGAAUCACCUUUGGCAGCGAUUACAGCUGAGUCUUUCUGGUUAAGUCUCUAAGAGCUUUCCACACCUGGAUUGUGCAACAUUUGCCCAUUAUUCUUUUCAACAUUCUUCAAGCUCUGUCAAAUUGGUUGUUGAUCAUUGCUAGACAACCAUUUUCAGGUCUUGAUAUAGAUUUUCAAGCAGAUUUAAGUCAAAGCUGUAACUCGGCCACUCAGGAACAUUCACUGUCUUCUUGGUAAGCAACUCCAGUGUAGAUUUGGCCAUUUAGGUUAUUGUCCUGCUGAAAGGUGCAUUUGUCUCCCAGUGUCUGUUGGAAAGCAGACUGAGCCAGGUUUUCCUCUAGGAUUUUUGCCUGUGUUUAGCUCCAUUACGUUAAUUUUUUUUAUCCUGAAAAACUCCCCAGUCCUUAGUGAUUACAAGCAUACCCAUAACAUGAUGCAGCCCCCAUUAUCCUUGAAAAUAUGGAGAGUGGUAUUUGGUUAUGUGUUGAAUAUUUGAUUUGCCCCAAACAUAACACUUUGUAUUCAGGACAAAAAGUGAAUUGCUUUGCCACAUUCUUUGCAAUAUUACUUUAGUGCCUUGUUGCAAACAGGUUGCAUGUUUUGGAAUAUUUUUUAUUCUGUACAGGCUUCCUUCUUUUCACGCUGUCAAUUAUGUUUGUAUUGUGGAGUAACUACAAUGUUGUUGAUCCAUCCUCAGUUUUCUCCUAUCACAGCCAUUAAACUCUGUAACUGUUUUAAAGUCACAAUUAGUCUCAUGGUAAAAUCCCUUAGCGGUUUCCUUCCUCUGCGGCAACUGAGUUGGGAAGAACAGCUGUAUCGUUGUAGUGACUGGGCGUAUUGAUACACCAUCCAAAGUGUAAUGAAUAACUUUACUAUGCUCAAAGGGAUAUUCAAUGUCUGCUUUCCAAUAGGUGCCCUUUGCGAGGCAUUGGAAAACCUCCCUGGUCUUUGGUUGAAUCUGUUAGAAAUGUACUGCUCGACUGAGGGAACUUACAGAUAAUUGUAUGUGUGAGGUACAGAGAUGAGGUAGUCAUUCAAAAAUCACGUUAAACACUUAUUGCACACUGAGCUAGUCCAUGAAAAUUAGGUGACUUGUUAAACACAUUUUUACUCCUGAACGUUAGGCUUGCCAUAACAAAGGGGUGGAAUACUUAUUGACUCAAGACAUUUCAGCUUUUCAUUUGUAAAAAUUAAUUACACUAUUUAAUCCAUUUUCAAAUUCAGGCUGUAGCACAGCAAAAUGUGGAAGAAGUAAAGGGGUGUGAAUACUUUCUGAAGGCACUGUAUGUUGUGUUAAUGAGCAGUAUGUGAAUGAGCAUGAUGCACAUUGUUGUAAAAUGUAUGAUCUGUAUGUAAAUGUGGUCUUAUUAAGCAGUUAUGUUGUUCUGUUUCAGCACCCACACCAGCCCCGAACCUAGUCUACACCCAGUAAGACACACACACACACACACACAAUGGUUCCUCAUGGAUAUGAAGGUUAAAAAAAGAAAAUGUCAAUGGAUACCUUUGACUGAUUUACCAUGGCAAUGCAUCUGCAAUAUUCAACUGAAUAUUAUUUUCUCACUGUUUUUGCCUCCAUCUCUCUCUCUUCAGUACCAGUGUAACAUCCCUAUAGCCCAUGAGCCUUGGCACCCAGCCCUCACACCCCCCAUCUACAUACAACGCUCAGGACACACAUCCCCGCACAGGUGAGACAGACACAGACAGACACACAGGGAAGGCCAGUUGGCGUCUUAAUGGCAUAUAGUGAAAAUCCCCCUAGCCCCCAGAGUUCUCUCUCAUUUCAGAGGUGCAGUCUUUCUCUCUGCCUGGUGGGCUCUACUCCCUUUAUCUUUUUAAAAUGUCUUUCAUUUCACAUCACUGUUACAUCAUUCAUGUGUUGCGUCAUUCAGACCGGCUGUGUGUGUGUGUGUGUAUGCUCACCGUGUGUGUGUCAUGUUCCAUGUCCAGAGCGCCUGCCGCAGUAGCAGUGAGUCCAGAGCCCAGUCAUCAGUCAGUACCAGAGAGGACCAGCGGGUCUUUCCCAGGAUCCAUCAGUGUGGUGUACAGAGACAAGGUCAUGACUGCACUCUGACCCCUACACCCUAACCUCUACAGCUCUGCCCCAGGACCCUGUCCCAAACCCACCACUAAAUCUAAACUCUAACACAUACACACAUGCAUAGGAGAGAACUGGAAUACAGAAGACUGAGGGAGACAGAUGAACACUCUGGUUGUGGACUCCUGGACCAAAAUACAUGGCCCUCAUCAUCACCACCAUCAUCAUUACACACCAGCCUUGUCUACCAUGUGUCUUCUCCAUCAGAUCCCCACCACCAUGCUGGGGAGGGAGAAAGAGCCUGUAAUAACAGAAAGAGAGUGAGAGACUUUAAACACAGAGACCAUAGAGAGAUCUCUCUCCUAGUGGAUUGGACCAUGAUGUUUAAUGGUUCAUGUUCAGUGCCUUGUUAGUUCAUGUGAUUGUUGAAACUUCAGUGUCUGAAUGCUACAAAGUCCUCAAAUUUAACUGGGUAAGAUUGAAAUUAUUUUUAUGCUAUACAAAACAAUCAUACCGUUACUUUAUUUUCCUGCCCAGUUAGCGGGUAGAUUUGCUUUUAGACAAAUCCUUUCAGAGCAAGCCAAAUAAGUUCAUGUUAUUGCAAAGUUAUCCUAGAUCAGGAUUCAUUGUUUGAAUGUAAGAUGCAAAGCAUUUGAGUGUGUGUGCAGUGUGUGAAGUAGUCUGUCAUCAUAUGCUGCUGGAACUAGGGAUUACAUGGUUCUACAUUACAUCUGUAGGUGAAUAUAGCUACUUUGGAAAUCUCAGAUGAAUGAUUAAGGAGAAUGUGCUUGUUAAAUUGUUAUCAGCGAUUAUAUACAUUACAAUAGGAUGUCAUGUUAUGGUAACCUUGCAUUGAUCUAUUGCUGCAUAUCUACCUUUGUUCUUCGGAGACAUGAAUGUUAUGCGUGUGAGAGGUUCUGACUCAGCUUAAUCAAUAGAAUGGCACUGAUACCCUUGUUGUUUACCUCUGUUAAUGCUGAUUGUGUUUACAUCCUGGUCAUGCUCAACAUUCCUUCCUGUUGCCUUAAAAUGACUUCUGUCACAACCAGCCUUGGUUGCUAUAGCUGCAGCCUUGUUGAAUAAACACACUGCUUAAACUCUUUCACUGAAGUUUAAUAAUGUACACACACACACAAUGAAUGACUGUGUUAAAAUGAUGUGCCAUACACACACAAUAGACAGACUACUAAAGCACAGGCGGCUGGUUGUACCUUUAAUUGGGGAGGACGGGCUCAUAGUAAUGGCUGGAAUGGAAUGGUAUCAAAGGUGGUUUCCAUGUGUUUGAUGCCAUUCCAUUCACUCCAUUCCAGGCAUUAUGAGAUGUCCUCCCCGCAGCAGCCUGUGUACCAAAGAGAGGUUUAAAAACUAUUGUCACUGUGUGGUAAUGGAGAUGAACCAGGGUGCUGUCUGAGGUGCUGGUUCUGGCUUUCUGGACUGUUUGAGUGUGUGUGAUGUGCUGUCCCCAGUUUCCCUCUGAGUGGUCCUGUCCUGGGAGGGGAGCAGCAGUUCAGUGUUGAGGAGAAUGAGACGCCGUACUCUGGAAGCAUGCACCAUCGCCACCGCAGUCACACACACUACGACAACAGCCAGGAGACUUAUUGUCACACACACAGCAAGAACAGUGAGUAUACACACACACACACAGGUAUACACACCACGGCAGCCAGGUUAUAUGUUAACACUGUGUGUGUGUGUAGAACACAGAGCCCCUCCCUGUCCUGUAGAUGAGUUGGAGCUCUGUCUGCUCAACCCCCUGGAGACAGACAGCAACACCUCUCCCUGGCCUUCACUUCAUGUCAACAUGGACAACAAGGUACAGUAACACACCAGGUGACACAUUUUAGCAGUUAUUUUAGUACACAUUUGGACUCCAUUUCUCUCUCUCUCUCGCUCAUCUCUCAGGCGGAGGAGAAGCAGUUGUCUGAGAAGUCUCUCCACCCCUCCUCUCCCCGCAGCCCUCCAGACCAUCUCAAGUGUAACAUCCUCAAAGCUCAGAUGGAGGCUCUCUAUAGAGUGAGUACUGACCCCUAGUGAGUGAUGGAGGCUCUCUAUAGAGUGAGUACUGACCCCUAGUGAGUGAUGGAGGAGCUCUAUAGAGUGAGUACUGACCCCUAGUGAGUGAUGGAGGCUCUCUAUAGAGUGAGUACUGACCCCUAGUGAGUGAUGGAGGAGCUCUAUAGAGUGAGUACUGACCCCUAGUGAGUGAUGGAGGCUCUCUAUAGAGUGAGUACUGAUCCCUAGUGAGUGAUGGAGGCUCUCUAUAGAGUGAGUACUGACCCCUAGUGAGUGAUGGAGGGUCUCUAUAGAGUGAGUACUGACCCCUAGUAAGUGAUGGAGGCUCUCAAUAGAGUGAGUACUGACCCCUAGUGAGUGAUGGAGGCUCUCUAUAGAGUGAGUACUGACCCUAGUGAUGGAGGCUGUCUAUAGAGUGAGUACUUACCCCUAGUGAGUGUGUGUUUGCAGUAGCCGUGUAAAAGCUAACAUCCUCUUGUCCUCUCCUCUGUCAUCCUCCUGUCCUCUCCUCUGUCAUCCUCCUCUCCUCUUCUUCCUCUCCUGAUGAAGGAUGCUCCACUGACGCCCAGAGGGAAGACAUCUAGUCAGGAGAUCAACGACAGGCCAGUAUUACCAGUGAUACAGUACUCCUCCCAGUGUGUGUGUUUGAUGGUAGAUAAUGGUAUGUGUGUGUGUCUCAGGUAUCAGAGCUCCAGUCAGGACUCUAGAGACUCUGCCACGUCCAGUCUGACCACAGAGAAAAUGUCCCUCCGCCCAGACCACAACUCAACCACAGACAGACCCGCCAAGUCUAACCCCAACCGCAGGAAAAGACUGGUCAGGCAGUUCAGCUUGUAAGUAUGGCAGGGUAUUCACAACCUGCUCUGGGAUUCCAUACGAUGCUCACAUCUGUGUCCUGUACUCCAAGUACUGUCAUAGGCUAGCCACUAUACACAAAAACCUAUGAUGUUAGUUAUUCAGUACUCAUGUGAUACAUUUACAAUGUUGUGGCUGAACACUGUCCUGUAAUUGGUCCUCAGUAACCAUGAGGACGAGGAUAAUCUCCCAGAGGCCCUUGCAGCGAUCUCGUCCCGGAGCACUGGCAAGUCUGGAUCUAACAACUCACUGGACAACCAGACACAACCCUCCAUAUACCCCCAGGAAACACACACACAGGUUACCAUCCCCCAGAGCACUCAGCAUCACACGCACACACUUUUCUAUGGCAGUGCAUUUGUCCAUUUGGAUCAGAGCCAUGACAUUUCUAAGUAAAUACCAGGAUAAUAGUGGAUUGUGAACUAAACUGUUUUGUGUGUGUGUGUUGCAGAUGGACAUGCCGAUACUGGAGCUGGGGAGUCCAUGCUGUGAGCGUUCCCCCCUCUCCCCACCUCUCCCCUUCCUACUACCACACCUCUAUCCCUCACCUGGUACCCUACCUCGCCUCACACACCGACAGGUAACACACACUCAGGUUACAGACACACUAACAUCUAACACACACACACACAAAUCCCAGUCAUGUAACAUUCCUGUGUGUGUCUGUGUUUAGCGGGGAGGAGAUGAGGUUGGGCAGAGAGAAGAUUCUCAGGGCUCUCCUGAUGACGGAGCUCUGAGUCCCCUGACCCCUGUGACAUCAUGGAUGUCUCAUGGACCCGGUCUGAGAUGACCUUCAGGAGUCCCACCUCCACUGGCCGCACUCAGCAUUUAGACAUUUACAUAAUGCAGUCAACCUUUCUAUAUUUGCAUAAAAACGACUUUGCUUAAGUGUUAUUUUACAAGGAACAUGUUUUAUGUAUACCCACACUACAGACCCUGAAAUAACAUUAACACAUGCUCAGAGAGAAUCAAAUAACCAGGCAGACAGACAGACAGACAGG